AUGGCGGAAGAUUUCUGUAUCAGGAAUGCGACAAAAAUUGGCGGCGCUGCUGGGCGAGCACGUGCCGAGCAUAUGCACCAAAGAACGACGAGAUCCGAACAGACCGGGGGAGCUUGCCCUGGUGCUCCCAAAAGCUUCACCAUAAACUCUACACUAUUUAAUGCCAUGCCAGAGGCUGCGGGCCCAGUGUUUCUACAGACACCCAGCUACACCUUGCCACGGGCGGAGAUUCGCAGCGAGUGGGAUGCCCGAGCGCGCUAUGUAAUAACGAAGCUGAGAGGGGCACUUAGGCUGCCAACUAGUGAGCGUGAAAACUUGUCAUCAGCUCUGACUGUGAUUACCCGCAAUGCGGUAAAUGCGACCAGGGGUUGCCAGUGGAUACAGCUGGAGUUGCCCGGGCCAGGCGGAGUUGAUCAACCAAGACAUGCGUUGUUACUCGAAUUGACGUCUCACGUGCAUGUGCCUGUAAGACUUCGCCCAGCGUCGGAUGAUCGUGUGUCCAAUGAUAGCAAAGUGUCAUUUUCACUCAGUAGACUUUGUGCCGCGAACCCAUCGCAUGAGGCAUGUCGUGGCUUGACGUUGCUUAGCAAAACCCCACACGCCGGUUUGGCAACCAGGUUUGGUCAUCAAGGGGAAUUUCUCUCUUUAGCCGACUGUCAAUACCUGGCGUAUCUUAAGAACAACAAGGGUAAGCUGGGGAAGUGUUGGAAUUAUUUUGGGGGCCCUUAUUGUCAGAUGGCUUUCGUGGCGAUAUUGGAAAUACCGGGCGAAAUCGCGCCAAGCUUUCUUGGUCAAAACCCGGCUUGGUCGUCUCGGAAGAUUUCCGCCCGAGCAUCUCGCGCAUCCACACUGCAAUUUAUCUUACAGUUGCUAUACGUUUGUGUCGAUUUCUACAUGGAGACCUUGAAACGUAUCGUUAAGCCUCUGGAGGCUGCCAUAUCUGUGAUACUUGCUCCUAAGAACAGUGCAAGUGUGGACUGGCGAGAUGUUGCCUCACAUUAUUUUCAGCGCCGAGAAUCGGCACAACAUGCCGGAGACACAGAUUCUUGCAACACUAGUGGGCGGUCCAAAUGCGAAAAUGUGUUAAAGCAAAGGCAGGAAACAUCCGUACUUGGUAUGGAUCACCAUGCAUCAUUGCUUACCGAAUACGGAAGUGCUUCGCAAAACCACCAAAACGCCUCUUCCUAA